CGUGGACAGCUGCCAUUCAAGGUCCUGCGGGGUCAUGCCGGGGGCAUCAACUGCUGCCACUUCGGUUUCGGGGACACGCGCGCAGUCACCUGCUCGGAAGAUCACACGGCGAAGAUCUGGGACACUGAGACUGGGAGAAUCCUCAAAAGCUUUGAUGACGCCCACCAGGAUAACAUUACCGAGUGCUCUGUCAACUCUACGAGGGGCAGGCUUUUGACAGUGUCAUGGGAUAAGGCGAUGAAACUCUGGGAUUUGGAAACGGGGAAGCUGCUGAUGUGCGAGACGCACGCUUGGCCGUUGACGUGCUGCGACGCGUCUGGCGACGGGCGUCUGCUGGCCACGGCCACCGCAGUGGACCGUUCACUCCGCCUGUGGGACGUGGACAGCGGCUCGCUCGUGGUGCAGCGCAACGAUCACCACGAGGGAGCGCUCACGGGAUGCAGGUUUGAUUGCGGUGCUCAGCGAGUCGUGACCUCGUCGUACGACCGAAGCUUCAAGGUGUGGGACCUUGCGACACGCGUGGCUACGGUCAGCGUGGCUGGGUCGCACGCGAACGUGCUCUCCGACUGCCGAUUCGGUGCCGGCGGGCGCCUCGUUGCUACGGCGUCGUGGGACCGUACUCUCCGCCUCUGGGACGUGCGGACCGGAGCCUUCCGUGAGGACGGACCUCUAGAAUUGCGUGGGGGUCACGGCGGCUCCGUCAGCUCCUGCGCCUUCUCGUCCGAUGCCUCCCUGCUCGUGUCUGGGGGUCUGGACCGACGCUCCGUCGUGUGGGACGCCGCCACGGGCAGCAGGGGCGCCGUGCUGAAGGGUCACGCGGACUGGGUGAUGGACGUGGACGUGAGCGCGGACAAGCGCUGGGUUCUAACGGCCUCGAAGGACCGCACGGUGAGACUGUGGAACAUUGAAAACAUGGACCGCAUCCCAGCCGUGAUGGGACGCGAGAGCGAGAACGAGUCAAGGGUCUUGCAGUGCGAGGCGUGCAGGAAGCCGUUCCCCGGAUGCGACGCUGGGGGGGCGGCGUUGGCGGCCGUGUCCAGGUGCAGCACGUGCCGCUCCACGACCACGGGUCAUGCCCUGCGGCGUCACGAAGCCGAGCCCCAUGGUCCGUGA